AUGUCGCAUUUCACCUGUGUACUUACAGAAGACAAAGCUAAACUCUUCGGUAUUAUAUUGUUGUGCAUACUGGCAGCGGCCGCGGCAGGCUCGCUGCAGAGCUACAGUCUUCCAACGUUGUCUGCCUUUGGAGGAAAUACAGGAUUCUCUGGAGGUAGUGCAGGAUUCUUCAGAGAGAGUACAGGGUCCUUUGGCGGUUCAUUUUCUGGUCCCUCUCAUUCUGUGGUCAGUUGUGGACACGGGCAGGUCCGGCAUGUGGAUGGCAGCUGUGUAACUCCUCAGGUGACCAGAAACUUGUUCUUGUACAAAGUUCCUCCAGCAACCCCGAUCGUAGCCCCAAGACCAAACGUUCCUCCACCAAGAGUUGAAGACAAUAUUUUACUCAUCCAGUACCCAGAGGAGCUUCUGAGCCAAGAACCCAUCGUGGUGCCACCACCACAACAAAGGAAUGUAGUGUACGUGCUUAACAAGCGGCCUCAUCAUGAUCACAAGCUUAUUCACGCACCAGGACCUGAGCAGCCAGCUCCCGAGGUGUACUUUGUCAACUAUGCUGAGGGAGAGAACCCGACUUUACCCAGUGGUGGUGACCUCCAGUCUGCCCUCAGCACCGCCUCUGAAGGUGGCGGUGAACUCAUUGGUAGCAGCGGCGAUGGCGUCAGUGGCAUUGUUGGAGGCGGUGGCGCAAGUGGAGGGGCCAGUAGUUUUGUUAGCUCUGGGAGCGUCAGUGACUUCAGCAAGGGUACUAUCAGCAUAGGCGUCUCUGCUCCGUCUGGUCUAUAUGGUUCACCCUAAGACAUUUGUUCAGACACCGUGUUUGGAAAGGAGUCAAGACUUUACCCUGUAACAUUAAUAUAUUGUACUCAAUAUAUCGAGAAGUAUUUUAUUUAACUAAUAAACAUAUUUUAAUUCAAUAAAAAAACUGGACAAUUACAAAAAUAUUUUCAUUAUAAUUAAUAUUUACUCUGUAUUAUUUAAUUCUUUUAUAAAUCUCUAAUCUUGUUUAACAUAAACAUGUAUCUGCCAAUGUAUAUCCACCGAAAGAUGUAUAUGUACUAACAAGUGUAUA